UUGAAAACUCAAGCAACGGUGCAUUUUGAAUAUUUGAAAUCGUAUUCAUUUCAUCAGACAGAUUCUCGUAUAAUAUCUUCUUUAAUUUGUGGAUUCCCGAUAUGGAAUCUGCUGGUUUAUUAAAUUACCAAAGGAGUAGUGUUGCGGAUUCUUCUAGUUUGACUCCUGUGAAGCCCAGACUCGGGAGAUUUGUGGAUGUUUACUCGCCUGAGCAUCUAAAUAUAACACCACGACCAAAACCAAAACUCACGUUCACUGAAGCCAGGGAUGAUAGUCCAAAUCUACAUACCCCUGAAAAGUAUACCGAAGUUGAUUUUAAAUGCAGAACUGCAAAAGCCCAGCAACGUUUCCGGAAUGUGUUUAGCAACUGUUCAUUUGAAGGAAACCAGAGCUUCCCGCGCCUGAGCCGCAAAGUGCGACCCAUUACCAUGGAAUUGGAGACACCUACCAAAGUCAAACAGGCUGUUGAUCUAGUCAGAGUUGAUGGACCAAAUGGACUUAGGUUCAACACAUCCCUUGCUACUGAUGUGGCCGGAUCCCCUGCCCCAUCUCAGACUGAACGCUUACAACAAACUAUAAACCCAAGCAAGGCUGUCUUUACUAUUGAACCUAAGACAUCAAAGAUUUUAAUAGUAAACAACAAGGCGUGCUCCUUGCUGGGUUACUCCUCAGGAGAGCUGUGUGGUCUUCGCUUCUCAGACCUGCUGCGCAACAGAAACUGCAAGACUUUCAGUCUGCCUGAGGACUGUGAUACUUCUGAGGAUGGGACUGUUGUCCUGCUAAGUGGAAAGGUUGUAGAACUAAUUUCAAAAGACGGUGGUUCAGUGCAAGUGUCAUUGUGGAUAAGACAACUGGAUAAUGAUGGUCCAUGCUUAGUUGUAGCUGAACCGGUGAAUUGUAAGAAUGUUGUGUUAACAGUAGAAGCAGACACGGGCACAGUGGUGUCGUGUGAGGGCGCGUCAGCCGCCGCGCUGUUCGGCGCGGAGUCGCGCGACAAGCUGCUGGGCGUGCCGCUGGCCACGCUCAUACCCAACGUGCGCCUACCCGCGUACGACGCGCCGGUGCCGAGGAAUAUGGCUAAGCAGAAACUUACAGGGAGAACUCUGGACGGUGGAUGUUUCCCGCUCUGUCUAUGGAUUUCGAAGCCGGAUACCACAGACUCUACGUUAUGGAACUCCGUCGUCAAGCCACACCGACCAGUGUUUGAAGUUAAUGUCAGGGUAACCUACAACGUCAGCGGACUUCUCGUAGUAGACGAAAGUGGUAUUAUAACAGCCUGCAACCACCACUUUGCCAUGUUAACGUUCGGCAAGCCACACUCAGAAGUCAUAGGCCAUCAUAUCGAGGAUGUCAUACAGAACUUCUGCCAAGAAGCCGAUAUUGUCAAGAUACCUGAACGGAAUAGGAAUAUGACGUUGUCGCCGGUCAAUAAUGAAAAUAAUGGGUCAGCAUCAGACACUGACGAAGACUCAUGCGGAGCAUUCAAUGGCAGCCAGAAAUCAGCUUGCAUGUCCCUCAACGUCCAUCCAUCCAUGCUGUCCACGACCCGAGAGAAGUCGUCCAGCGCCCUCUGUCUCGACAAGUCCUGCAGCAUGGUCACCCACACCCCUACCCCCACACAAGACAUGGUCUCCAGCAUCAGCACCACGGAACAACGAAACGACAUAUCAGCUUUACCUGACGUCACUUCAGGAAUGUCAGGAAUAUCCAUAGACGACGAAAAUUUUGGUCACAGCAGCAUAUCGAAGUCCCGUUCGGAAAAUAUACUGCGUUCCGAACAAAGCAAUCCUGCGAGACUAGUUCCUAAGCCUUCGGAGAAAUCUGAUUCUAUUUAUUACACUUCUCAACAUUCCCAGGAGGUAACCCCUACUGGGAAUGCCCCUAGAGUGAGACUCAACGAUCCUUCAUUAAGACUAUCAUUCGAUUCAAGUAAAUAUAGGUCUUUAAAAGCUAAUUUACCAGGAAAAGAUGAUAAAACUAGUCUGUCAUUAGACUUCUGUGAUUCUAAUGAGACGAGUGCAGAUUUUCUGACUCCUAUAAACGAGAUGCCGCCCCCUGGUUGUGAAAUUGAAGACUUGCCGAAACACAACGGCAAUGAAAGUGUCGAUAGUUUGAGUAAUGAUAACGAUUUGGAGACACAGACUGAAUCUGCGCCAAGGAAAUUGUAUUCAGAUGACGCACCCGAAACUCCGUGCGUAGCCAAACGUAUAGUUCGCACGCUAUUGAUGACGUCAACGCCGCAACACUCGCGCAGCAAGAUACCGGCGUGUGAGUGCGCUACUGACUGCCAGCACAAGGAUGGUACUUACCGGGGUGUGGUGAUGCAUAAAGACGGCACUCAUCUUAACGUGCUAUACACGGUAUCAAGCAUGCAGCUAGCUACCGGCAGUCGAGUCCGCUGUGUAUGGCUCGGCGUGCAGCUAGAAGAUGCCGCGCGACACACCACGCUGGCGUCCAGUGUUGCAUCUACUGCCGACAACUCGCUCGUGCUUGUUAGUAAUACUGUGGGUAACAAGUCAGCGGGCAGCCGACCUCAGUCCAUGUCGCUGGUGAGUCAGUGCGGCGACGAACAAGUCUCCGGAGAGUACAACAAACACUACGUUACGCUAAAACAGAUCGGCAAAGGCGCAUACGGUUGCGUGAAGAUGGCGUACCGUCGCUCAGACCGUCUGCUGACGGUCGCCAAGUUUAUCCUCAAGGAGAAGGUGGGCGCACAGUUCUGGGUGGACGCGGCCGACGGCACCCGCGUGCCGCUCGAGCUCAGCCUCCUGCUCACGCUCAAGCAUCCCAACAUUGUGAGCGUGGUCGACGUUUUCGAAAAUGAAAAGUAUUUCCAAAUGGUAAUGGAAAAACAUGGCGCGGGUAUGGAUUUGUUCGAAUUCAUCGAACGACGGCCGAGACUCGACGAACCAUUACUUAGUUAUAUAUUUAGACAGAUAGGACAAGCAGUCGAGUACCUCCAUUCCCUAAACAUCUUACACCGCGACAUAAAAGACGAGAACGUGAUCAUAGACAACAAGUUCCACGUCAAGCUCAUAGACUUCGGUUCGGCCACGUUUAUGAGCAAAGACACACUGUUCUCCACCUUCUACGGUACUACUGAGUAUUGCAGCCCUGAAGUUCUAGCGGGAAACAAGUAUGCAGGCCCUGAGCUAGAGAUGUGGUCAAUGGGGAUAACUCUGUAUGUGCUGACAUUCUUUGUUAACCCGUUUUCGGACAUUGAAGAUACGAUACAAGGGCCGCUUGCUUUCCCGCAGGUUGUUUCUGAAGAUUUGGAACAACUUCUCCGUUGGAUGCUGUGCAAAGAGCCUGCCAACAGAUGCACGAUCUCGCAGCUGAUGUCACACGCGUGGAUCCGACAGCCGGUCGCCAUCUCCAAUUAUGUGUUCCAUGAGAUUGUGGAUUGCGAUCGUCAUGAAGCGAAUCCUGAAAUGUACUACAGCGGCAGUCUCGGUUCACCGCGCAGUGGAUCACCCAUAUCAUUAGCAGAUCCAAUGGUUAAAGAGCGUUCAAAUCCUUCAGAAGUGGCGAUCCGUUCAGACGGCAAGAACGUGUCCCGCGACGAGCCCAAGCGCAACUCCAUCGCCGUGCUCGCGCUUACUACUGACAGAGACGCACAUUCCGACAACUACAGCCUACGCUCAUCUGCCGAUAUCUUGGACAUAUCAUCAAAACCCGUAUCGGAAGCUGCUCUAACGGACAUCAGUUCUGACGCCACCGGUCACGCGGCCUGUGACAUCGACUACGAUUGUGAUCAGUACGAAUGCGAUAGCUGGGACGAGUGCGAACAAGACAGCUUCUCCUAAACAACAUAAAAAUUCUACUAUGUUUGUUGAAAAAACUACCAAAAGGAUGGCAACUCGGGAAAGCUCCGCCCACUUAUGAAAAAUGCUCGAGUUGACUUGUGUACAUGGAAAUUACACCUAAAAGAAUUAUAGCUAAUACAGCAAUUAUUAUAGAUGAGACAACAAAGUGAUAGAAUGGAAUACUUGUUAAAAAAAAAUCUGGUGUAAUUUGUUUUGUCAUUGUUGCUUCAUCUAUGUAACACGCGAUCAGUGUCAAAAAGUGUGAGCUCAACGCUUUCAAUGUAAUAUUGGAAUCUUCGAUGUCUGAACGCUAUGUAAAAAAAAUAUGUAGCUAGAUGUUGCUAUAUAAUGAUUGAACAACUUGUAUGAACUCACCAAAGUUAGAAUAUGUUUUUGCUUGUCAAAAGGUGAGGAUGAAAAUCUCUGAAUUAAUUAAUGUGUAAUUUCCAUCCCUUGCCGUGUCUUUAUCGAUGUACGGUAAAAUUACUUGAUACUGUAUCGGUAAUAUAAUUAUUAUGAAAGUAUCAAAUGAUUAGGGUAAGUAUCCCUGUUUGAGUUAUUCCUUAGAAUUAUUAUCAGGUUGUAUGAGUGUACCUGUUCUUUUCAUCAUUAUAGUAUAAAAGAUCUGAACACUGAAAUAACACUAAUUUUGAAUCGACUUGAAAUCAUGUGCUAUUUUACUGUAAAUGAAAUACAGCUACGAAAAUAUGUCCAUUCAGAACUUAGUGAAGUUUCUGUUUUCAGACUUUAUUCCAAUUAGUUGUGCGUUAACAGUAUUAAGUUAGGCUUCUAAAUUAUACCUUUAUAUAUCAAAACGGGUAACAUUCAAUUCGAGUGAAAUGACCAAAUUUUAUAUAGUCGUAGAAUCGCUGUUAUUUAAAGUUUAAAGAACCUAUUUCUUAAAAUCAUAAUGAACCUACUUACAAAAGUCACCUAGUUUGAUUUUUGGGUGUAAAUUAGUGCUAAAUUCUUUAGUAUUUUAAAAAGUCGAAUAAAACUAAUUUAAUUGAUCUCAAUUACGUAAUUAAACGCUAGGAAUUGCAUAAUGUCACUUGUUUAUAUUUAAAGCACCCAUUGAUUGUAACACAGGAUCUUGCCACGAUUAAAA